UUCAGCAUGUACAAAAAGAUACAAAAACAGGGAGGGGUUAUAGUAACCAUGCAUACAGGAAGUAUAUGCAAAAGAGCACAGUAGGCCACCUGGUUACUUCACAUGCACUAAGGAUUUAACGUGAACAAGCAGGCUGUUAUUUUACAGUAUUUUAAUGGAGUCAGGGUGUUUAAACCAAACGGGGGGACACCCUCCAGCUCUGCCAGUCAAACAUCACAGACAAAGAAGCUCCUCACACAGAGGAUCAAGCAUGGGCUCAGACAGUACCCUGCUCAGUCCCGGACCCCAGCUUUCCAACAACACACUCAACGAUGUUUUUGAAAAAACUGAUUGUCAUGCAGCCUCAUGCCCCAUACAUCAAGACCUGGAUUCUGUGCACCACAUGAGGUUCCUGUCAGAUAACAACCCUCCACCUGUUCCAAAGAAAAGAUUGGUACGGACCCUUUCCCUGCCUGCCAACCACGUUCCUGCAUUAUCCCCCCUGUCCCCUUGCCUUCCACUUCAAAUGCAUCCUCACAACUUUGACAAUCCCUUGUACAUGCUCACCCCUGUACGAGACACAUUGUUCAGCAAAGAGUCUUCAGGUUUGGGAGCAGCCAGCAGGAGCAGCACUGCACCCCUGCUGCCCCUGUCCCAGCUGUCUUUUAACACCUCAGAUGAACAUUUGGUGAACUUCUUUGUAAGUUUCGAAGACCAGGACACAGUAUCCAAAACCAUUCAGCAUCGUCACCUGCUGUUUCUUAGGGAUAUGGUCCAAAAGAUGGAGGCUAAUUUGCUAUUAAAAGAAGAGCUAUCAGAGAAACCAGUCAGUUCAUAUCAGCCGCAGGACUUUCUGUUGGAUGAAGGCAGUGAACCAAAAACAAUUGCAGGAAAAAUCUACUACUCUGUGCACAGCCCCAAGUUCCCAGGGAGGAUACUUGGACUCAGGAUAAUCACGCAAACAGAACUGUCUGCUUCUACCUGCACCAAUCCGCAGCCUGCACAUGUUAACGUGAAACAUGUCGUAGCCCACUUCCAACCAACCAGCAAUGUGACGGAUUCCUGCAUUAAAACAGAAUUUGUUAAUUCCGUCCGUGGUUGUACUGCUGCAAUAUCACCAUGUGGGGGCAGUAAUGAGUAUGCCAAUUAUUCAGGGAGCAGGCUUUUGUCCACGGUUCAACAUCUGCUGUGGAAAGGCCACAGUGUAGCCAUAGAGCGAGACCUCCCUUCAGCUACGCUGGAGGACUUUGUUCAGGAGAUCCAGUCUAUGCAGAAUAUGGACUGUGUACUGUAUGACAAACGUGUAUGCUUUUUGUUACUGCAGAUACUACAAGGUGCGCAACAUUUAUACAAGAACAUCUGUGGCCCCGGGCUGAAACCACAAGAGAUCUUACUGGUGUGGCCAGGCAGAACCAAGACAGAACCUGAGUCAUCACAUGCAAAAAGCAAAAAGAACGAAGCUCUUAACAGUGUUACUGAGACAGGCCUAGGGGGCUACAUACAGAUGUUAUGGGAGACUCAAGGUUGCCCUCGUGUGGUCAUUUCCUCCCAGACGUCUGGCGUUCCUGUCUCCCAGUCACUUGUCUCCAUUAAAGCCAAUAUUGGAGCUUUAAUUCAAUAUUGUCUGAAUGUACACAAGGGCUUGGCUGCACUGUAUAUGUCCACAUACAGAAAUGCUCUGUUAUACCUUGCUUCCCAGCUCAAAGACAACAGCAGUGGUCUUAAUAUAGAUGACAUGACAGGAGUGUUACAGGUGGUUCUCUGGGGCCCUGGGGCCCCCUUGAUGAAACAUAUUGGGAUGUCGACAGCGCUCAGCUGGCUGUCAGUGAAAAGAGCACUGUUAGUGAUGAAGUUGGCAGAGAAAGGCGUGGAUCAUACAGCUUUAGACUGGCAGGACAUCCUGUGUCUCCAGUAUAUAGCAUUCACUGAACCGCAGACUGUGAUCAAUGAAAUUCGUUGGCUUGAAUUAACACCUUUCAUCUAGUUCCUGUCUGUAUUAUGAAUAAACCCAUUGUCAUUUCAGUGAUUAAGUUGGACCCUAUCAGCAGAGGCCUCAUAUGGGUGAAUGCCCCAUACUGCUUGUCUGUGUGAAAUUGUGUGACUUGUUGAGAGGCCAUUGGUCCAAAAUAACAUAACUCUAUCAGUUAGCUCCAGGGCAUUCCCUGGGCAAUUGUUUUUUUAAUUUAUAAUGCCAGUCCUUAUGUCACAAAUAAACAGCCUGACACUAAUGAUUAUCUCCACAGUUCAUUUGGCCCCUUUUUAGUGACACACCCCACUCAAGAUUCAGAAGUGUAAGUAAACUCUAUCAACAUAGCCCCUAUUGAGAAUACACUGAAGGUGUCAUUCUGGUUUCUGGUACUAACAAAUGUGUAUAUUAUAUGCAUGAAGGCUGUGACAAAUGUUUGGGUCACAUUAAGAGAACAUAGGUUAAGGAAAUGUCUUUAUGCCAAUUUUAAACAUCCAAAACAUCUAUGGAUUGUAGAGCACUGUAGCAGGAGAAAUUAAGUGUGAAGUCAGCCUGAAAGGCCCAUCUGUUGCAUUAUCCAAUCAUCAUCCCUUCUCCAGCCCCACAUCCACCUCAGCCAAUAAUCAUAUUUACUGCUGCCAAUUAUGUGUUCUGUCAGUGUCGAAGA